AAACAAUAUGGCGCCCGUGGAGUGGUGGAUAGUUUCUUUGGGAAUACUCUGCACCGGAAUUGUAGCGCAAAAUAGCGUCGUCAACUACCACAGCGACGAGGCAUCUGUGUAUUUCAAUACCAUUGCACGGACGGAGUAAUUGGUUAUUCUGGAGAAAAUGUAAUUGAUAUCAGGCAACCGGGAGAUAAAUGUGUAGAAUAUUUGAUGGAAUGUUGCCUGGAACCAUCUGAGCCAAGUACUGCUGAAACUAGCACUGUAAACGAGUCAUCCUCAACAACUGUUCCCACUACCACUGGCUCCAGUGUUCCGACGGUAAACGUACCGCCCUACAACAUCGAAGGAUGCGGUCAUCGCAAUCCACACGGCGUGAUCUUCACCAUCGAAAAUAACCAGCUGAGUGAGUCCGAGUAUGGCGAAUAUCCCUGGACGGUGGCAAUUUUUGUCCGCGCGAAAAAUAACUCCCUAAAGUAUCUGUGCGGUGGUGCUCUGAUCGAUCCAGCAGCAGUUCUCACCACGGCCAGCUGUUUGCACCCGUACCGGUUUGCUAUGCCAUCUCUGGUGGUCAGACUGGGCGAAUGGGACAUGAGUACAAAUCGCGAACCCAUACCGCAUGUGGACAGUGAGAUGGAGAAGAUUUUUAUACACCCGGAUUACAGUAUGACGAGCAAGAUAAAUGACAUCGCGAUCGUAAUAUUACGCGACACGAUCGAGCUAAAUCAUACGGUUGGGGUAGUUUGUCUACCACCGGCCAGUAGUAACCCUCAAGGAGCAGAAAUUGUUGGUGUCGGAUGGGGCGAUGUACCGAAUUUCGUUGAACCCCUAAAGCUACCCCAGACGAUACUGAAGAAGACGCACCUACGCCAUCUCCUGCAUGAUCUGUGUGAAAAGGCGUUGCGGAAUCUAAUGGACCGUAGAUACCAACUGCAUCGCAGUUUUAUCUGCGCCGAGGCGCAGCACACGGAGAUGCUACCCUGCAGGGGAGACACGGGCUCACCAUACAUGAAGGAGAUCACACACGGUAGCGAUCGGUACUAUUUGGUGGGUCUCAGCUCGUGGGGCUAUGACUGCAACAAGCAAAAUGCUCCCACUGUUUUGACCAAUGUGGCGUACCAUCGAGACUGGAUCGAUGCGGUGAUAAAGCAGGAGGAUCUCAGCAUCUGGAGUUACACGUACGAGAAACCGAUAAGCAGUAAUGAAGAAUAAAUAAAUGGUCCCAAC